CGUUUCCCGUUCCGUUGUGACGUCAACAAAUCGGUUCUUCCGCUGCCGGUAGGGUGAACGUGAGCUGCCAAGAAGAAGAAGAAGAAGAAGGAGAGGAAAAAGCAGAAGUGUCUAUACCGUCGAAAUAAUUACAGAUAGCGCUUUUUAUGACACCGACUUACGCUCCAGAAAAAUAAUCAAAGCAUCGUGUCCAAGAUCUGAGAAAGCCAACACACUCCAGGUAACGUUAGCAGGAGACCGACAAUGGCUGUAAAUGUGUACUCGACUUCAGUGACCAGUGACAACUUGAGUCGUCAUGACAUGUUGGUCUGGAUCAAUGAUUCUCUACAGAUGAACCUCACCAAAAUAGAAAUGUUGUGUACAGGUGCUGCCUACUGCCAGUUCAUGGACAUGCUCUUUCCCAACUCUGUGCCUCUGAAGAAAGUUAAAUUUGGUGCCAAACUGGAGCAUGAAUACAUCCAUAACUUCAAGCUUCUGCAGGUUUCCUUCAAAAAGAUGGGAGUCGACAAAAUCAUUCCAGUAGACAAACUGGUGAAGGGGAAGUUCCAGGACAACUUUGAGUAUGUCCAGUGGUUUAAGAAGUUCUUUGAUGCCAACUAUGAUGGGAAGGAGUACGACCCAGUGGAGGCUAGGCAGGGCCAGGAUUCCAUGCCCAUACCCAACACUGCCAUGUCAGCUCUCACCAAAACCCCUAAGAAGGCCCUCAGUCAAGCUCCUCAAAGGCCACCUGUUGCCAAGGUAGCGCCCAAGUUGGCUAACGUCAGUGCGAGGAAGCCGGGAAUGGGAGGAGGCGACGAGGAAAGGGCGGAGCUUAUGAAUGAGGUGGAGAUGCUGAAAUCUACCAUUCAGGACAUGGAGAAGGAGAGAGACUUUUAUUUUGGUAAGCUGCGGAACAUUGAGCUCAUUUGCCAGGAGAAGGAAGGAGAGGGCGACCCCACGCUGCAGAGGAUCAUCGACAUCCUCUACGCCACAGACGAGGGUUUCGUGAUCCCGGAUGCCGAGGAGCAGGAGGAGUUUUAAUAUUCAGGCGAUUCCCUGGUCUACAUGCCCCCACCUCGAGAUCCUUUCUCAAGCCAAGACAGCCAGUUUGGUUUUCUAUCAUCACCAAACCUGAUCUCUCGACUUGUGCCCCGCCAGCCCUGAACCCAAAUCCCAACCUGCUGGACCUCUUCCUCUAUCUUCUUCUUUUAACAAUAAUCAAGAAGGCCUCGGUCAAAGGCUCUUCUUCUUCUUCCACACCUGUCAGUCUGCGAGAGUCCCAGGCCCCCACCCUCACCUGUAAUCCCAUCCUUUCCCAAACCAGAUUGUGCAGUACAUAUCUGGUUUUUGUAAUGGACUUGAGUGUGAAAACACGGUUGUGUGUGUGUGUGUGUGUGUGUGUGUGUGUGUGUGUGUGUGUGUGUGUGUGUGUUUUGUUUUAAAAUCCAUUUGAAACCAAUCCAACAUGAAGAAGCUCCUCUGAAGACCCGACUGUCAUCAUUUUGUCCCAAACUAAGCCACAUGGUUUGUUUUUGUCUGAUGGCGCGGCAGCCAUUUUGUGCCUCUCCUCUUGAUACUGAAUUAGAUUAAUUUGUAGGAAGAUGCAUGCCCAGAGAAAUACACACACAUUCCAAACUACAACACUUAGUUUUGCAGUUUUAAAAAAACAAAAACCCAAAUCUGAGCUGUAUUUAGUAUGUUUUGCUUGCUGGUCCCAUUUUGAGUCCUGCUGAAGAUGAGUAGUGUGUUUUGAACUACUUGAUCCAGUUUGAUGUAGCCAAUAUAUUUGACUCCAAAGGGCUCAGGGUUUAGUCUGGGACAAGGCAACAGCCGGGGGGGGGGUUUCCUCUCUGCCUUUUUACCACCAAGGAGACCUCCUGAUGUAGUCCUGUUUGUAAAUGUGUGCUACUGUUUAUCUGUAUUAUCCCCCUCACUCCAUUUCAUUUGUUCUUUUUAUUUAGUUUUCUCUGUUGCAAGUUAUUUGGGCACCUGUCAGUGAUGCUCUCAACAUUUAUUUUUCACGCUCACUAAAACAUCACUGUGGCAAGCUUUGACUUGUUUUCUCACAACGAUAGAGAGAAAAGGAGGGGUUACUGAUAUAGAAAGUGCUGCUCUUCUUGUAGCAGAUCACAUGCUCCCACUCGACCUCAGCUUGUUAAAUCUGCUCCAGGAAAGUGGCUUUUUCUUCCCCCACCCCCCUACCCCCCUGUCCUUUUGUAAAAUGUAAUUUUGAUAUUUUUUACCUGAUUUGAAAUAACCCAUUAUUAUUGAUUCCACACAAUCUGUUUUCUGUUAGCAGCAACUCGUUGUUAUUGAAGUACAUCACUUUAUCAAUGGCCUUAUCAUAAGAACAUUUUUUUCAUAACUUUUUUUAUUUUACUUUAAUGUUAGUCUUAUUGGGCAAAUGUUUGUACUGUUAGUCCUAUUUUUAACGUGUUCUGAAAAUAAACAACGUUGGAGGUAUUUUGGACAAAAGCUGUGUGUCGGGUUGCAGCAAACCACCUAAUGUUCAUACAGCAAACUAAAUAUACAUAUUUAGUUUAACUGAAUGGGUUUCUGAUGAAGUGUGUGGGUGUUUUUUUACCACCAGUUAGCUCCACGGUGAAAUAAAUGUAUCUCAGCUGCAGACUUUGAAACUCUAUUGCGUAGAAUUUAAAUUGGGAUCGGUUAGCUCUGGGGUGUCCCUCAGCUGAUGGAGCAUGUCUCCAUCAGAGACCCGGUAACUUCACCAUUUAACAAGCACUGCCAUGUGGGUUGAAUGUUGCACAUAAUCAAAGGGUGCCUGGCUAUCUUUUUUUUUUGUAUUUUCUGGUAGUUGCCUUUUAGUAAAACCGCACUUACAAAAAAACAUGAACUUUGGCUUUCAGAAACAAUUUCCAGAUCGUACUUUUUUGCAGAAUGUAAGCUUUUAUUUUUUCCGUUCUAAAGACUGAUUUGAACUACGGAGUUUCUUGAUGUGAGCACAGUCCACCUUGGUAUGGUGGCAUCUGUGCCCUGCAGCAUGCUGGGUAUGAAUAUAAGCUUCAAGCUCUGACUGACUUUCAGCUUUAAUUUGGGAGUUUUUACAUCCAUUUUAUUUUGUGAUUACUUUUGGACUCGUUUUACUCAGCCACCCAAUUUUUGGACAUUGCAGCAGGAAAAUGAUCAGCUAAGAUGAGUCAACCAGAGAGUUUAGUCCGACUCCAUCACCUCAUCAGUCGUAUGGCUCAAUUUCUAAAGCCAAAAACUCUCAAAAGUUGGAAGGGAAUCUGGCAAAUCUUAUCAAUGUCUGCGGAUGUCUGAGGGACAUGUGAAGGUCCAGGACUAAAAAGGAUUGGACCAAAUAUUAAAUAUAAGUUUGGUCACCUGAAACUGGUGUACUGAAUAAAAAGCUCCCUUUCCUUUGCUGUUCAUCGGACACGGAUUUAACCACGCAUCAACUUAAAGUGCAAGUCAGGACGUUUCUGCAAGUCCUUGUAUUUUCGGAUCGAAUGUCCUAUAAGCCCAGUGGCAACACAACCAACUGCUCCUUACUGUCAGCAUUCUCUUUGGUCCCAUGAACAUUAACUAAGGUCUUCGAACUAAUGAACAUCGUCUUUAUUAAAGAAUCUGCUGACUAUUUUCUCAAAUUUUCUAAAUAGUUGAAACAUAAUUUCUUGGAUCAGAAAGUAUCUUUUUUUUAUUUAUUUUUUAUUUAACCAACAGUCCAAACCCCAAAGAUAUUUGGGUUAAUAUUUUAGUUGAUUUUAAACCAAGAAAAACCACAAAUCCUCAUGUUUUUUUUUAAUGCUGAAAUCAGGAUUUUUAUUUCUGACAUUUUCGCUUAGUCGACUCAAAUAGGGAAGCCGUGAGAGGCAAGUAAGGAUGUUCUUCUUUUGAUGAGUCAUUCCCUAAGUCUGAUCUUAAUUGUUUUCUCUCCUGUUUAUGACUGCAGAACAGGUGAAAACAGGUUUUACCAGCUGAAUUAUUUCAUAUUUGUUAGGAUGAAGUUUUAACACUCAUUUCACACAUGCAGUCUUUCCCUAAAACAAGAUGUUUCCUGCAUGGGGGGGGCAGGAUAAAUCUGUGCUGCCAAGUUCCCCCCCCCUCAGGACCUCGUAACAUCCCAGGAAAAAUGCUGGGAUGGCUUCAUUGUGAAUGCAAGCAGGAACAUUGCAGGGAUGGGCCUUGUUGGGCUGUCUCUGAUGGGUGCAUCAGUUUCUGGCGUUGCCUGCGUGUGUGAAUAGUGGAACUAUGUGUGGAAGGGUUAGGUUAACAUUAUGGUCAUGUCUAUCUUUUGGCUAGACGUGUAUUUUUGAAGAUUUUUUAUUGGUAUUUAACCACCAAAACAGCCCUCAACCAACCUGGGCUCUCUGCAGGUUUCACCAAGUCAUAUUUAAGACCUUUAUGAAUGAAAUUUAACACUUGUAUCACAACAUAAAAGUACAACGAGAACGUAGAGUCACAAACGUACUUGCAAAGUAAAUGAGUGUAUUCAAAUUGAAUAAAAGCGACACAGAGUAAUAA